UAUUUUAAACCGAGACUGAUGACAUUUUAAUCUUUAUGAAGCAGUCGAAGCAGAAUCAGGCAAAAAUUUUAAGACUAUAAAAGGAUCUAUAGUUUAGUUUGUUGUGGUGUUUAAUCUUGCCAAUAUUAAAUGAACUAGCUAAUGUAUAUCUGAAAUUGGCCCUACGUCCAUUGAAAUCGUUAUUCGCUCCUUGGCAGUAACAAUGAAGUUAUUGAGCGGACCUCUUUUUUUAUUUAUAAUUGUUUUUAGUUCAGUAUCAUCUUCACGGGUGUUGGAGUUAAGUGACAAAUUUAUCGAUUUAAGCGGCGAUGGAAUGUGGUUCGUAAAGUUCUACGCUCCAUGGUGCGCGCAUUGUCGCCGUAUGGAACCAAUAUGGGCUCAUGUUGCCCAGUCGUUGUACAAUACGCCAAUUAAAGUGGCAAAAGUUGAUUGCACGCGUUUUCCUACAGUGGCUACACAUUAUAAAGUGAAGGCUUACCCUACGAUAAUGUUCAUUAAGGGACCGCUGCAACAUGUGUAUACUGGUGAAAGAGAGAAAGAUGACAUGGUUAAAUAUGCCACAAGGAUGGCCCAGCCAGCUGUGCAGAGAGUGACACAUGCAGACAGUAUUGGAUAUUUAAAAGAAUCUCACAAUGUCUUUUUUGGUUAUGUUGGAAAGACAGAAGGAGCUUUAUGGGAAAUGUUUGCUCUCCACGCUGACAAGUAUCAGCCACAUACCUGGUUUUAUGUCAUGUCUAAAGAUGUGAUUAAGAAUGAGUUAGACAGACCGCCUAAUGACACUGCUGUUUUUGUUUACAAAGAGGAUGGAGUUUACUUCUUUGAUGCUUGUGAAGAUCUGAUCAGUGACCAAGAAGCUUUGAAUACAACUUUAGAUAAAUGGAUCAACACUGAACGGUUUGGAUUCUUCCCAAAAAUAACCAGAGCAAACAUUAACAACUUCAUGGAUAUUAACAAAUACAUAGUGAUAGCAAUUGUCUCUGAGAACAAGCUUGGGGAAAUUACACAGACAGAGAGAGAUUUUAAGGAUAUGAUUGAAAGUAUCAUUCGNNAAAAGAAAUCUGAACUUCAUGAGAAUUUCCAAUUUGGAUGGAUGGGAACUCCAGAUUUGGCAAAUUCCAUCGCCAUGUCUGAGUUGACUGUUCCCCAUUUGCUGGUGUUGAACUCUACCACCAGCCAUCAUCACAUUCCUGACGAUGAUCCCGUACUGAUGACACCAGAGGCUGUUGUAUGGUUCCUUGAACAGAUAUAUAACCAGCAAGCGCCUGCAUACGGCGGCGACCACUGGCUGGUGGGCGUGUACCGCAGCGUGUUCGAGGCGCGCGCGGCGCUGGGCGGCAUGUGGCGCGGCAACCCGGUGCUCACCGCGCUCGUCUUCGGCCUGCCGCUCGGCUUCCUCUCCCUCAUCUGCUACUCCAUCUUCUGCACGGACAUACUCGAUUCCGAUGAAGACGAAGAGAUCGAAUCACAUGAAAAGAAGGACUAAGUUGGUGAAUAUAUAUCUUAACAAUAAAGUUAGUUGAAAAUUGAAGACCAGAGAAAUAAAUUACACAUUUUGAUUUUUAUUGAAUUUGAGGAAACAUAGAUUUACUGUACGACUAUUUAUUAUAAGUAUUAGUUAUAUUUCAUACUUAUAGCAGAAUAUCCAAAUCAAAUCUGAUACUUAAGAUAAUUUAUUAAUUUGUAUUUUUAUAAUGUUAAGUUGUGUUUUAUGGUCGAUAUAAUAAUCGAGUUUUAAAUAAUUUCUUAGUCAAAGUAUUAUAUUUAUAAAAAAAUGUACGUUUGUUUUCGCGUCUUUACAUGUUUUGUGUAUUUUUAUGUAAUCAUAGGAAUGAUAUUAAAAAGGAAUUAUAUAUACAUCGAUCGAAAAACUGAAACACAUUGGAUCGUUAUGUAAAAACAUGAGAAAGGAUAGUUGAUUUCAUCACCCUGAUGUUAGUUUUAAAUGUGGAGUCUCCAAUUAUUUAUUUGUAAGAAUUAAUUCCCAACCUUCCUUGUCCAUUUCUUGACAUUUCUCUCUACUAUAAUAAAUAUUUAAAUUGGUACAUGUAUUUCUAAAGUAUAAUGGCAUGGAGUGUAAGGCAUGUGUUUCCUCGUCGAUUUUUAUUUUGCGAGUACAGGCAUGUCAACACUUAUGCAAUAAACACAUACAUUUUUCCUUCGUAGUUAAAAAGAUCAAAUUAUUGCUGAAAACGUAAAUCAUCAAGUAACAUAAUUUAGUAAAUAAGGAUAGUUCUAGUCAAUGUGUUUAAAUCACUUUGUCUCUAUAAUAAAUGUUAGAAUAAAAUAUGUCAUUUUCAAUUCCUAAACCCCUUCCCUUUAGUUGUAAAGAAUUAGCUGUAAGCUUACACUGUGCGGUUAUAUAAAUCGAGCCUAAACCUUGGUGUGAGUUAAGUUUCCACACACUUGUAAAAGGAAAAAUAUGUUCCCUCUUCCACAAUACGAAAUCAGUGAUAAGGUAGGCAAUAAUUAUUACUCUUCUCAUGAGUACUAAACUUUAUUUUUCAAACAUUAUAAAAUAUAGACAAGUUAAAAGGAAAUAAAACAAUGUUUUUU